AUCGCCCUGCUUCUCAAGCAGACACCACCAACUUUCCCAUCCCUUCUCCUCCAACCUCCUCCCAAACAAAAAACAAAAAAAAUUGAGCUAAACAAAGGAGAGAAAAACUACAUAAAAAACAGAGAAAAUUCAUGAGGACCACAACAAUGGCAACAACAACAUUUUCGCCGCCAGCGACCCUAGAAAGGUCGCCGUGGCACUCUCCGGUGCCGUACCUUUUCGGGGGACUGGCGGCGAUGCUGGGUUUGAUAGCCUUCGCCCUGUUGAUCCUUGGUUGUUCUUAUUGGAAGCUUUCUACCCAUUUGGAAGAGAGCCGUGGAGGUGGCGGCGACAGAGAUCUCGAGGGCGGUGAAGACAAGUCCGGCGGUAGCGCCACAGUGGCUUUGCCUGUUUUGGAAGAGAAAGUAUUGGUGAUAAUGGCUGGAGAUGUCAACCCAACUUUCUUGGCCACACCCAUCUUUAGCAAAGCAGCUUUUUUUGGUGAUGAUGGUAAAGGGAAGAGUGAGAAUGAAGAGAGAGAGAAGACAAAACAAUAGAUGGGUCAUCACGAUCAGACCACCACCACCACAACAACAAUGGAAAGUAUAGAGUUUGAAGAGACUCAAGGAAACCAAGAGAGCCAAGAGUGAGCUCAAAUCUUUUUGAGAAAGAGAUCUUUGUUUUCUUCCCUCAUUUCAUUUUUUUUUUGUCUUUGUUUUUGCUUUUGGCCUCUUUCGGAUAUGUGUAUUUUUGUUGAGAUGAACAUGAAAUAGAAGUUUGAAGCUUUUUGCUUCCAUUUUCUU